AUGAGAAAAGUCCAUGAAGGAGUUUGUGGUACUCAUCUAAGCGGCAUAAGCCUAGCAAGAAAAUUCAUGAGGCAAGGAUAUUUCUGGAUGCAGAUGGAAGGUGACUGUGUUCAGUAUGUGCGUCAUUGCAAAGCUUGCCAAUAUCACGACAAUAAAAGCCACUUACCUGCUGUUGAACUCCAUCCAAUGACUCCUUCUUGGCCUUUUUCUGCAUGGGGCAUAGACGUUAUCGGCAAAAAGACAUCAUCGGCAAAAUCUCAACGCAGGCAGGCAUUGAAUGGCCGCCAUCAGUAUAUAUUGGUUGCAGUUGACUACUUGCUCCUAGAUGGAUUGAGGCUAGUCUUACAAAACCUUAACCGCCAAACAUGUGGCUAG